AUGCCGUAUCUCCCCGACCCCAGUUUAUACCGAACCGUGGUGGCUGGAGAGGAAACUACUUCCCCGUUCCUUCGUCUGUCACGUGAACCUCUCUCCUAUAAAAUGUUCCGCUCCAUAAAACAUGGAACUUACGAUUGCUGUGUCCACUUGCCGACCACUUCUCGAUUCGUCCCUUUUUCUUUUUCUUACAAAAUCUUUUCUUUCUUUCUUUAUUUAAAUCACAAUUUGUUUCUUUCUUUGUUUCUUUCUUUGUUUCUUUCUUCCUUCCUUCUUUCUUUCUUUCUUUUCGUCCGUCAGUUCUUCCUUUCUUUUUCCUUUCGUCUUUCAUUCUUCCCUUCUUUCUUUCUUUCUUUCUUUUCGUUCGUCCGUUGUUCCUUUCUUUCUUCUUUUUCCUUUCUUCUUUCUUUAUUCCCCUCUUCUUUUUGUUUGUUUGUUUGUUUGUUUGUUUGUUUCAUUCUUUCUUUCUUUCUUUCUUACGUAAUUUGCGCAAUGUUUGUUUCUUUUUCUUUCACAAUCUGUUUUCAUUCAUUCUUUCUUUCCUUCUUUCUUUCUUUUUCUUUCUUUUUUUGCACCUCUUCAAUUACCUCAUUCAGAAUUUACCCAACCUCGCCACCAUCCACCAAAUCAUCCCACACCGACCCAAACAAAUCCAACUCUCUCAUACACAGCCGAAUCCUCUCGACGCACGCUUUUAAAAACCUCUCCUUUUCAUGCUUCUAA